CAGCCCGGCGCCGCACCGCGGGCGGGCACCGCAGCGGACGCACAAACGCGGGGUCCUGCCGGCACUAGGGCCCAGCCCGCGCAGGCCGAUGGGUUAAGUCGGCUCUGCGCAUGCGCCCGCCCUUUCCCUUCCGGCGUUGAUCAUGGCGGAGAAGGAAGCAAAGAAGGUGCCAUCUGUACCGGAAAGCCUGCUGAAAAAGCGGCAGGCUUAUGCAGCUAUAAAAGUCAAACGUCAGAAGAAGAUGUUGGCUAUUAAAAAGCACCGUAAAGCACAAAGAAAACUCAUCUAUGCAAGAGCCCAAGCUUACCACAAGGAGUACAGGCACAUGUAUAGGCAGGAGAUCCGUAUGGCCAGGAUGGCCCGAAAAGCUGGCAAUUACUAUGUUCCAGCGGAACCAAAACUGGCAUUCGUGAUCAGGAUAAGAGGCACCAAUGGUGUCAGCCCUAAGGUCCGCAAGGUAUUGCAACUUCUUCGCCUGCGUCAGAUUUUUAAUGGCACGUUUGUAAAACUCAACAAAGCUUCUAUCAACAUGUUGCGGAUUGUUGAACCCUAUAUUGCAUGGGGUUAUCCCAAUCUGAAGUCUGUGCAUGAAUUGAUCUACAAGCGUGGUUAUGGCAAGAUCAACAAGCAGCGCAUUGCUCUUACUGAUAAUUCCCUGAUUCAGAAACGCCUUGGAAAGCUUGGCAUCAUUUGCAUGGAAGAUGUGAUCCAUGAAAUUUACACUGUUGGCAAGAACUUCAAAGUUGUGAACAACUUCCUUUGGCCCUUCAAGUUAUCCUCUCCUCGGGGUGGAAUGAAGAAGAAAACAAUCCACUUCGUGGAAGGUGGGGAUGCUGGUAACAGAGAAGACCAGAUCAACAGACUCAUAAGGAGAAUGAACUAAUGAUUCAGAUGCCCAGCUGCAAUCUUUCAAACUCUGGUCUGUUAAUAAAACCAUCUUGCACAAAA